AACUCUAGGUCACGUAGAAGGAGAAACGAGUUACACUUUGAAAGGGAAAGCAACUCUAGUGACUUGGACGACAAGAAAGUGAUGAGGUACGUGUGCGGAUAGAACCCGAACACACACGUACACGUAAUAGAUUUGUUAGAUAGUGUAGGUACAUUACAACUUAAACUUUCACCAUAACGUUUAGGUACAAGUUUUGGUUAUACCAUAGAAGGAUUUGUUAGAAAGUGAAGGUACAAUUGAAAGUUGUACCAUAAAGUAAAGGUACAACUUUGAGUUGUAUUAUAGUGUGAUUUGUUAGAAAGUGUAGGUACACCUUAAAGUUGUAUGAUAAAGUAUAGGUACAAUUUUGAGUUGUACCGUAGAGGCAUUUGUUAGAAAGUGUAGGUACAACUUAAAGUUAUUCCAUAGCUUAUAGGUACAACUCUAGAAAGUCUAGGUACAACUUAAACUUGUACCAUAACGUAUAGGUAUAAGUUUUGGUUAUACCAUAGAAGGAUUUUUUGGAAAGUAUAUGUACAAAUUCUGGUUGUACCAUAUAGUACAGGUACAAUUUUGGGUUGUACCACAGAGGGAUUUUUUGAAAAUGUAGGUACAACAUAUCGUUGCUUCAUAGCGUAUAGGUACAAGUUUGGGUUGUAACAUAGAUGGAUUUAUUUGAAAGUGUAGAUACAACUUAUAGUUGUAUCAUAUCGUAUAGGUACAAGUUUUGAUUGUACAUUCGGAAUUGUUGUAGGUACAAUCCAAAGAAUCAUAAAUCACAUGGUUAAUUGGAUCUAAUGGCUACCCUUUUGUGAAAACUUAAUAACAAGAACAAUCUCUGUAAAUAAAAUAAAAACCACACUUUUGUUCAUCUUGACCUAAGUUAAUAAUUGCAAGCAGCAUGAUGAAUUGAGAAGAAAACAUGACCACCCACUCUGCUCACUGGCCACCACCAUUUCUCUCCAUCAUACACAAUUCCCUCUUCCUCCCUCUCUCCGGAUCCAGGCAUGAACUCCGCCCGACGAACACUAGCUCUGAGUUCUUGUAUCUUGGACGCUUGUUAAUACCCAUUGGAUUGGGGAUGGUGGCGGUUGAAUCCUGCUCCGAUUGAGUUUCUAGUUACGGGGAAGAUGGAUUCGUCGGAGCUCCGGCCGCUCUCGCCACUGAAUCGUCAUCUACAAAAUAUGGAUGCUUAUGGUUCCCCCUAAAGAUGAGGAAGAAGAGGAAGAACACCCAACCAUCCUAGUUGCUUUCUUGUCCUUGGACUUUCGGCGCGGGUGUAGAAUAGGAAGAAGCCAAAUGAAAAGGGGUAGAUAAGUUUUGUUCAACGGAAGGCAACAAGAUGAAGAAGAAAGGGGAGCGGCAACCCUUGCAUUUAGGGUUUUUCUGGGAAGCUAGAGGAAGAAGAAAAUGAUGGCUCGAAGAGUCGAUUUAAGGGUUUCUCUAGGUUGGGUAGGGAGCGAUCAAUAAACCAUGGGUUGAGUGCUUUUUGACGUGGCCGAUUUUUAUGAUGUGGCGGGUCAGGUUUUAUUUUUUCCGGGUCAAAAUUAGGUGACUAGAUAUUUCUUUUAGCCACAUCAGCAAAAAAAAACUAACGCCGUUUGAUAGACCGUUAAUUACACAUGUUUUUACCCCUGUUCUUACACCGUUUGAGAUAUGAUUUCUCGUGUUUUAGGCCGAUUUCACGCUAGGUUGUGCUUGUUUGUGAUAUUUCAGGUCCUAGUACGUGAAUGAAGGCUUGGGAGCGAGUUUGGGGUCGAUUGGAUGAAGAUCGGAUGCGUGGCGAGGUACAAAGGAGGCCACACGGGCACACUCACAAAUCACAUGGCCGUGCAGCUCAUAUUUCUGGCCGUGUGUGUUUUGCCGAGAGCAAACACGGCCUGCCCUGACAAGUCACACGGCCGUGUGACAAAGUGCUCUGGCCGUGUGACUUUUGCCGUGAGCAGACACGGGCAGAUGGAAAUCAAACACGGCCGUGCCAUCCUGGCCGUGUGAGAAGCCUAAAGAUCGAACUUAAGUGAUACGGUGCGUUUUGACUCACACGGGCAACUGGGUAUGCCACACGGCCGUGUGACCCUACCCGUGUGAGUCGGGAUUUCCUGGUUUUAACCCAAUUCCGGGCUGCAAGAGAAAGGAUCGGACUUUUUGAGCAAAAACAGAGUUUUAGAGAGAGAAAGUGCGAAGAACUCACCCUAGAAGCCAUCUUGGAGCUGGGUUUCAUCAAAUCAAGCUUGGAGAUCGUCCUAGGAGUGGAAAUCAUCAUCCCGGAGCAGAUUUUCCUCAUCAUUAUGAGUAUGACUACUCCGAUUACUGUUUUCUUUUCUCUCUCUAUGGAGUAGAACCUCUCUCUCACUUGGGGAUGAAGAACCCUAGUUCUAUGUGUUAGGGGAUUGAUUGUAAUGACUUGGGAUGAUAUUACUGUUUGAUUAUAAUCGAAUGAUGCAUGUUUAUUGAGUCAAUUGAAGUCUGAUCAACUUUUCCUGAUUCCUGCUGCAAUCUGAGAUAGAUAGAAUCUGAUUAGGUUGCUAGAGUCUCAUCAUUCGAUAGUAGGAGAUUGGCUAUACGAGAGUUAGCCAGUUUACUGCUUUGUACUGGAAUCUAAUUCCAGUAGUGAAUUUCUGUUCUUACUGCUUCAGCUUUCUAUCCCGGUGAAGACUAGUCGUCUGCCGGGUAGUUAGACUGAGAGGGCUUGGUCAGCUUAAGAGAUUCCAAGCUACUGUCGGAUCAUCCGCAGUUUAAUCAACAGUAAAUCAACCCAGGGUAAAUUGCAAUUGAAACCUAACUAAAGAGCUAGGGGGAUUCAUUCCCGAGUGACUCUUUCCUGCUUAAGAAAACCGAAUAAUUUCCUGCUUUAUUUCUGCUUUUAGUUUAAACAACAAUCACUUACUCUAGUUGGCUAGAUAACAGAGAAUCACUGAGUAAGCAGUAGAUCUAGAGCCCGGGUUGAUAAUAUAACUUGCCUGUUACUGCAUUCCCGGUCUGCGAUUACACUUGGUCGCAGAUUGGUGUUGUGUUUUGGCGUGUCACCGUUAACCAUUAAACUAAUUUGAGUGACCACAAAUGGAUUUAUAUAUUUUUAGUGACCAAAUAUGAACGUUUUUAGUAAUCCAAGUGACCAAACUUGUAAUUUACCCCAAUAUGUAUUGUCUUAAACUGGUCAUGUAACUCAGUUUGUCUCCUAUACAAAAGUGCCAUGUCAAAUUGCUUGACAAACUCAGUUUGUCUAGAUAAGAGUUCAUGCUCUCACAACGUUGAGACGGAGUCAUCGCAGAAAAAAAAAGUACCUUUCAAGUAAGCAGUUGCCCAUAGAUCUCGUUGCCUAAACAUCUUCAUCCACGCAUUGUGCUCCAUAUCAUACUUGGACAAAAUUUCCUUCCAGGUAGCUUCAAAUUGUGGAAUAGAGCUUUAGUUUAGCAUGCAUUGUUUGAAAUCCUCCCAGAAUCCUUCUGCAUGGCCAUGCGCUUCUGCAUUAUUGCCCAAGUGCCAAGAACAUAACCAAUGUCAAGAUCUGGGAAGAACCGACUUGAUUGCUUUCCUCAAUGAAGAACAACCAUCUGUUAUAACUGUUGUUGGCUUCUUAGCACCCAUGCACCAUUACGAUGUUGAGGGUUUAGGAGCUAGGAUUUUCGUCAUUGUCUUUGUUAAAAAUUAAAUGACCCAUAAUCAUAAUCAAUAUCUGAAAUAUCA